CACAGACUGGGGAGGGGGAGGGUGCCCUCUCCCACCCGAAGGUUUGAGGCUGGGCCCUGGGCGCCCUGGGGCUUCUCGGCAGAGUCUGAAGCAACAUGUGGCCCAGGCAGGGCAUGUGGCCUCCGGCAGGGAAGGGGACGGGCGCUCAGGGCUCAGGGGCUGGGUCGUGCCUGCACCUGCCCGGUUGCUUGGCAGAUGGGCGAGGCAGGCUGGCAGGGCCUGUGCGUGGGAGGCAGCCGGCAGCAGCGCCGCGUGCUGACGACCUCACAGCCAGACUCCCCCCUGUUUAGCGCUGAGUGCUAGAACCACCCCCAGCACCUCAGUUAGGCAAAGGGGUUCGUUUCCAUGGAGACACGGCAUCUUUUCUCCAUGGCAACCUGAAAUCCCGAAGUCCAGGUUAGGCUCAGGGAUGAGUCAUCUGCGUCCAAUAGGGGGCGCCCGCCCACAAGGCUGACCCCGGGGCCUCGGAAAACGGAGCAGUUGACCACAGACUUCAAGGUGCUCCGAGUCCCAGGAGAGGCACAGGCGCUCCCAGGCAUGGACACCCCCGGGGAGCCGGGAGCAGGCCCCAUCGGAGCCCCCAGCCUGUCCAGCUUUGCCCCUGGGCACCUGGAGAGAGAAAAGCCAGCCCAGGACCUGUUGUACGACAUGCCCGGUUCUGGCGGAGGACAGGCGGGGGAGCCGCGGCGGCCCGGGCGGGCCGUGAGCCUGCGGGAGCGCCUGCUGCUCACCCGGCCCGUGUGGCUGCAGCUACGGGCCAACGCCGCGGCCGCGCUCCACGUGCUGCGGACCCAGCCCCCAGGGACGUUCCUGGUGCGGAAAUCUAACACCCGCCAGUGCCAGACCCUGUGCGUGCGGCUGCCCGAGGCCAGCGGCCCGUCCUUCGUCUCCAGCCACUACAUCCUGGAGAGCUCUGGGGGUGACAGAGGCUGGCAUGGUGUCUCCUUGGAGGGCUCGGAGCUCAUGUUCCCGGACCUGGUCCAGCUCAUCUGCGGCUACUGCCACACCCAGGACAUCCUCCUUCUCCCACUCCAGCUCCCCAGGGCCAUCCGCCAGGCAGCCACUCACAAGGAGCUGGAGGCCAUCUCCCAUCUGGGCAUCGAGUUCUGGAGCUCUCCGCUCAAUGCCAAGGCUCCGCAGGGCCCACCCGAAGGCCCCCUGCUGCCCCGGCUGAAGCCCCGGUCCCCUCAAGAGCUGGACCAGGGCACCGGCGCGGCCCUGUGCUUCUUCAACCCCCUGUUCCCAGGGGACCUGGGCCCCACGAAGCGUGAGAAAUUCAAGAGGAGCUUCAAAGUGCGCGUGUCCACAGAGACCUCCAGCCCCCUGUCCCCACCAGCCGGGCCGCCUCCCCCGGUCCCGGUGCUGCCCAAGGCAGCCCCCGAGCAGACGGAAAGGCUGCCCCCUCACCAGCUGCUGCGCAGGGAGAGCUCGGUGGGGUACCGCGUGCCCUUGGGCGCUGGCCCCAGCCUGCCGCCCCUGCCCUCCCUCCAGGAGGUGGACUGCGGCUCCCCCAGCAGCUCAGAGGAGGAGGGGGCGGCGCUGGGGUCCCGGCGGAGCCCGGUGACCUCCCCACGCCUGGGCCGCCGCCGGCCCCUGCUCCGGUCCAUGAGCGCUGCCGUCUGCUCACUGCUGGCACCUGAGCGGCAGGUGGGUCGGGCAGCUGUGGCGCUGGUGCAGGACAGACACACAGCCGUGGGCCAGCUGGUGCAGGACCUGCUAACCCAGGUGCGAGCCAGCCCCGAGCCCCGGGAGCUGCAGGCCAUCCGCGAGGCGCUGAGCCAGGCCCGGGCCAUGCUGAGUGCUGAGCUGGGCCCCGAGAAGCUGCUGCCGCCGGAGAGGCUGGAGCACAUUCUGGAGAAGUCCCUGCACCGCUCCGUGCUCAAGCCCCUCCGGCCCCUCCUGGCAGCCCGCCUGCGGUGCCGGCUCUCCGCCAACGGCUCCCUGGGCCGCCUCGCCGAGGGCCUCCGCCUGGCCCGGGCCCAGGGCCCCGGGGCCUUCGGGUGCCGCCUGAGCCCGCCCUCCCCGGUGGAGAUGGAGCAGGUGCGCCAGAAGCUGCUGCAGCUGCUCCGCGCCUACUCGCCGAGCGCCCAGGUCAAGCGGCUCCUGCAGGCCUGCAAGCUGCUCUACACAGCCCUGAGGACCCACGUGGGGGAAGGUGCAGGUGCCGACGAGUUCCUGCCACUACUGAGCCUGGUCUUGGCCCAGUGUGACCUUCCAGAGCUGCUCCUGGAGGCCGAGUACAUGUCCGAGCUGCUGGAGCCCACCCUGCUCACCGGAGAGGGCGGCUACUAUCUGACCAGCCUCUCGGCCAGCCUGGCCCUGCUGAGUGGUCUGAGCCAGGCCCAUGCUGUCCCUCUCAGCCCCUCCCAGGAGCUGCAGCGCUCCCUCAGCCUCUGGGAGCAGCGCCGCCUGCCAGCCACCCACAGCUGCCAGCACCUCCUCCGAGUAGCCUAUCAGGACCCCAGCAGUGGCUGUACCUCCAAGACCCUGGCUGUACCCCCGGAAGCCUCCAUCGCCACUCUCACCCACCUCUGUGCCUCCAAGUUCCGAGUGACCCAGCCCGAUACCUUUAGUCUCUUCUUGUACAAGGAGCAGGGCUACCACCGCCUGCCCCCUGGAGCCCUGGCCCACAAGCUUCCCCCAGCCGGCUACCUUGUCUACCACCGGGCAGAGCGGCCGGAGACCCCAGGGGCCUCACCGGAGGAGGGCAGUGGGGGACCAGGAGAAGGGAGCAGGGAGCUGGAGAAAGAAGACCAAGGAGAUGAAGUUGCCGGGGUCAAAGCCAACCCCAAGGACAAGGAGGGAGAGGCUGGGGUGACUGCUGAGGGGGACGAGCCUCAGGCAAGGAGAGGCCCUGCUCAGGCAGGGGAGCCAGAGGCUGAGGGGAGCCAGGAGGCAGAGGAGUAGCUGGGAGGUGGAGGAGUAGCUGGGGGGCAGAGGAGUAGCUGGGAGUGGCUGGAAGCACCCAAAGGGCAGGAGCCUCUCAGAGCCCACUGGGAAGGCCCUUCAGAGCCGUCAGUCCCCCCAGCCCAGGCCACAGCCUCCUUGGUCCCCACCUGGGCCCUCUCUUCUGCUACUGUCUGUUACUGAGCCCCAUGAGCCAGCUGCUGGGGAGCUCCUGGGCUGGCCACAUCUGGGGGAUUGGAGUAAAGUGGAGGGGGGUUGCAGGUCCCCAGACCAAGUGCCCAGAGCCUCUUGGCUCCUGUCCUCCCCCUACUGGAGGCCAGCCAGCCUGUAGUGGUGAGUGUCCCCAAAUGGGUCAAAUCCAACUUGGUCCAGCCCCCUCUGCAUCUCCCCCCAUGGGGCCAAGGCAGGGCAACUGCCCCCUCCCAGGUGUCAGGAUGAGGCAGGGAGGCAGGGGCAAUGGCCGGACCACCUGGAGGAGCUGCACCUGCAAGCCAGCGUCCUCACCUAUAAAGUGGGGCGGGGGGGGGGGUGCUCUUGCUGCCCCACCUGCCUCCCACAAGUGCUCCGGGUCAGAAGGAUGAGUUUGCUGCAAAGCAGAGCUGGGACGAGGGAGAAAGGGAGGGAAGGAGGUGGGGCGUUAGCAGCCCCUCCCACUCUUAGCUCGCUUGCUUCCGGGAGUGCAGGCUCUGCCUUCCAGAAGGCUCUCCCUCCAUGAUGGGGUAGACCAGUUGGACGUCAGGACCCAGAGGAGAAGGCUCAUAAGUCCUCCCGGUCACUCUGGCAGCCCUUGGAACUGGACGCGCGGGAGAUCCCAUCCAGCUUCUGAGUCGGGGGUUGGGGGUAGGGGUGGCGGAUCUUAGGAACCUGUUUCUCUGCCCUUAACUCUUUGGGCCCUUACAAAAGCUUUACCGGCAGGCAGGGCAUGGCUGACGGCCCCACUGAGGUUCAGAAAAGGAGAGCGACUCCCCAGAUGUCACACAGCAGUCCACCACCACCCAAUCCAGGGCCCUCGAUUCUAAGCCAUGGACAAAUGAACCCUCAAGGCCGACACCACCCCAAAAGGAGACCCGGAACAGAUGGCAAAUCCGAGCAAAGAAAAAUGCCAACCACGAGGGGGAGCACGUGGCCCAGGAAGCUGCCGUGGCAUCGGGGGUCUGGGCCUUCUGCUCUGGUGACCACUGUGCAAUCGGGGGUCAGCCCAGGAGCUGAGGCUGCUGACCCUCGAGCUCCGCGGAGACGGGGGCCUGGGUGAGGCCAGUCUCAUGGGGACCCUUCAGUCUCAGGCAAGGAGCAAAAAGGGAGAUCCACGCAUACAUCAGACAGAGGGUGACAACCCCAAGGCAGAAAAGGCAGAGGUCACGACGUCGGCUCUCAGAGGAUCCAGAAACAGCCCAGGGGCCGGGGCCUUCCUGCGGCUGGAUGAGGGGUUCCCAAAUGUCUCAUCAGCUCCUCCCACCCAAGCUUCUCGCUGGUAGAGAAUCUCCCCUUCUUCCUUUUGUAUGUUCCCCGUCCCUAUCCCCCCACCCCCACCCCAGUGCCUUGUACAGUGCUGGGCGCUCCAUAGGCACUUAAUAAAUGUUGUCCUGUGA